AUGCUACCUGAAGGCGGCGUAGCAACCUUGCUCGCAGGUGGCUUGGGUGUUGAGCAUGGCCUGAUGAUCAGGUACGCCCGAAAUAACUGCGUCUCGAAGACGACUGGACCGUAUGACUGGGAUGCGAUCUGUUUUUUCGUAUACAGUCAACACCCGCUGGUUGCGGAAUUCUUUCCGAAAAUCGACAAGAUGGAUUUCUUUGUGGAUAAGGUUGUAGAGUCCUGGGAUGGAAAUAAGAAGGGGAGGGUCUCUGCUGUGACAGAGCAUGGCAUAAUGAUCUCGACGACAGACUCCAUUGACCCUGUCCAGGAGUGGCUGGGGUGGAACGUCUAUAAGUGCUGGAACACAGGAGACUAUGUCCACUCCAUCAGUCUCAAUCUUGAUGGUAAUGGGCGAAGUAUACUACUCAAGAGUCAACCUAAUAUCAGAGCUACGGAAGUAGCACCAACACCAAAUCAACCCAAAAACUAG